CUCCCUCGGCUUCUCAGACAAGGCUAAUGUUCUGGUUCUGAGGAGCGAGGAGUACCCACCCUCCAGAGUGAGCCAUCCUGAAGUCAAGACUCAGCAGAGGCAGUGGUGAUGGGCGCUGGUGGUCCCCAGCGGGGCGUGGGCCCCCCAGAUGGCGGCUGGGGCUGGGCCGUGCUGGGCGCUUGCUUCGUGGUCACCGGGUUCGCCUACGGCUUCCCCAAGGCCGUGAGCGUCUUCUUCCGCGCACUCAUGCGCGACUUUGGUGCCGGCUACAGUGACAUGGCCUGGGUGUCCUCCAUCAUGCUCGCCAUGCUCUACGGCACCGGCCCGGUGUCCAGCAUCCUCGUGACCCGCUUUGGCUGCCGCCCGGUGAUGCUGAUGGGUGGGCUGUUGGCCUCGGCAGGCAUGGUCCUAGCAUCCUUUGCCACGCGCCUCCUGGAACUAUACCUGACGGCUGGUGUGCUGACAGGCCUGGGCCUGGCUCUCAACUUCCAGCCGUCACUCAUCAUGCUGGGGCUGUACUUUGAUCGGCGGCGGCCUCUGGCCAACGGGCUGGCGGCGGCCGGGAGCCCCGUGUUCCUGUCGGCGCUGUCGCCGCUGGGCCAGCAGCUGCUCGAGCGCUUCGGCUGGCGCGGCGGCUUCCUGCUGCUCGGCGGCCUCCUGCUGCACUGCUGCGCGUGCGGCGCGGUCAUGCGGCCUCCGCCGGGGCCGAGCCUGCGCGAGGCGCCCCCUGGCGGCCAGGCCCGCCGCCGCAUGCUGGACGUGACCGUGUGCGCCGACCGCACCUUCGCGGCGUACGCGGUCACCAAGUUCGUGAUGGCGUUAGGGCUCUUCGUGCCCGCCAUCUUGUUGGUGAAUUACGCCAAGGACGCGGGCGUGCCUGACGCCGACGCCGCCUUCCUGCUGUCUGUCGUGGGCUUUGUGGACAUCGUGGCGCGGCCAGCGUGCGGCGCCCUGGCCGGCCUGGCUCGUCUGCGCCCGCACGUCGCCUACCUCUUCAGCCUGGCUCUGCUGGCCAACGGGCUCACGGACUUGAGCAGCGCGCGCGCGCGCUCCUAUGGCGCCCUCGUCGCCUUCUGCGUCGCCUUCGGCCUCUCCUACGGCAUGGUGGGCGCGCUGCAGUUCGAGGUGCUCAUGGCAGCCGUGGGGGCACACCGCUUCCCCAGUGCGCUGGGCCUCGUGCUGCUCAUUGAAGCCGUGGCCGUGCUCAUCGGACCGCCCUCUGCCGGCCACCUGGUGGAUGCACUGAAGAACUACGAGAUCAUCUUCUACCUCGCUGGCUCUGAGGUGGCCCUGGCCGGGGUCUUCAUGGCUGUUGCCACCAACUGUUGCCUGCGUAGCUCUCAGCUUGCCCCGCCCAGCCCAGGCACCGAGGGUGGAGCCAGUGACACUGAGGACGCUGAGGCCAAAGGGGACUCUGAGCCCCUGUCCACCGAGGAACCUGGUGGUCUUGAGGCCCUGGAGGUGCUGAGCCCUGGGACGGGGCCAGCAGAACCGGAGGUGGGGGUGGGGGCGGAGCCAGGGCCAGACCCAGAGUCCGUGGAGCUCGGGGAUACGAGGCUGGGUGGCCGCUGACCAGGAGCAGGGCUUCCCCUCAGAGAUCUGGCUGCCCCAAGAGAGCCUGGCAUUGGAGGCUGCUCCGGGGUGCUCACCCCUGGGGUCCAGGUGGGGACCUCCGCCCCUCAUCUUCCCAGUGGGCCAUGGCUAGGUCCUGUCCCCGCUCAGUGAAUCUGCUGGGCCAUGUGGAACUCAAGUUCAUAAAGCUCAGCUGAAAGA